AUGCUUAAUUCAAAGGUUGACGUUUCAACAGAUACCUUUAUGACGAAAAGGAACUAAGUUUAAUACUCAUUUAAGGAAUAAGCAGCUAUCAAGGAUCAAUAUAUAUUUGAAUCCCCUUAUUAGCAUGACUUCCUAGGAUUGGGUGGAAAUUCAGAUUAGUUUUUUAGACAAAUCUCUUAUCCUGUUAAGCUUGACGAUCUCUACCGUGUAAAGCAAACUUCAAUUACUGUUGAUAAUUAUAAUCAUGCCCCAGUCAUUGUUGAAAUUAUAGAUGACGAGCUUAAACAGCAUUUAAAUGCUAAGUUUUUAUUGUAAUGCUGGCUGAAAGGCGGUACUAAGCAAUAUGAAAGAAAACUAUAAUAUGAUAUACUAGCUUGGAAAAGUUAGCAUGGAGAAUUCAUAUGCAAGCUUGAUAGCAGAGAAGAAUAAACAAAGUAUAUCUACUAUCAGCAUUUUGAAGGUGAAAAUUCAAUGCUUAAAAUAGUUGACAUUUUUGAAGAUUCUUGUAAAAAUCCAUUCUCUUACAAAAUUUUAAAACCUCAUUUUAGAUUUGCAUUUUCAUAUAUAGAAUACUUACCAACUACAGAUAAAAUUGUAACAGUUUAGAUCAAAACUUCUUUUAAAAUGCUAUCUUUUGAUUUAUCAUACUAACACUUAGAAUCAUCUUGCGAAAUACUUUGUAUUUUUGAAAAUGAAGAAAAUUUAAUGGUUGGAACAUAGCUAUUUUUUAAAGAUAAUAUUGUAAGAUUUGAGGAGCAGCAUGAGAUUAUUCCAAGAGUUAAUCAUUAUUAUGAUCCUAUAAUAAAAUUUAAAUAUGUUCAUGCCCUUGGUAACUACUUGUUUGCUGUAGCUCUUAGAAAAUCAUUAUUAGUUGAUAUUUAUUGGAACAACUCCCUAGUUGCCACUAGCUCAGAAUAAUUCUAGGAUAUAGAUGUGACUUUUGAAUUUAUAUAAUUGUAUUCACUUGCUGGAAGAUUGAAAGUAUUUCCUUUAAGUAUUGGCAGUAAGAUGAAGUUUGAAAGUAUUCAAGAUAAAGGACCAAUCUCUUAACAUGAUUGGGAUCGAAUCUUCUACUCUAAACUUGCAGAUUAUUUCAAGUUCUAUACAUCUUAUUGUCUUAUUAACACCUCAUUCUUUAUAGCAAGAGAAAAUAUCAUUUCAAUUUAUGAUAUCAUUAAAAAGAAAUGGAUCAAACAUUUUUAUGAGGACGAAAAUGUAGUUCAAGUCUUUAAGACUGAGAAAUCAGAUGGUGAGUAUUAGUUGGGAAUAUUUCUAAAUACAGGAAAAGUAAAGCUCAUUGAUACUCUUGAUUCUACUGAGCCUAUGCUCUGGGAUAUCUAAUAAACUGAUCACUUGAUGAGUGGUACUACUAUCUAGAUCAUGAAUGAUAAUUAAAACUAUAGAUUUUUCCUCAAGCUAGCUAAGGAUGAUAUAACUGGAAAGCCAGUUUUAUUUUGCUUUUCUAGGAGUAAAGUAUAAAACUUGACUGAAUUUGUGGAGGACUUAAGAUUAGACACGAUCAUAAUUCCUCUUUAUUAUUAAUACUAUUGGAAUGUCUUCAUUCUCUUUAAUAAAUAAACAGGUCAUUUGAGAUAUUACUAUAGUAGCUUGUACAUAGAUGGUCAGGGAUAUAAUGCCUAUUAAGUUAUAUUGCUUAAGUUACAUCAUAUUAAUGAUAGUUUAAAUUUGAUUGGCAAAAAUUUAUUUAGUAUGACUACUGAUAUUGAAACAGAGCUUGUUAUUAUAGACGAAAAAGAUAUCAAUCUUAUUGAUUUUUCCUCAAACCAAUAAAAAAUUAUUGAAAAUGUCCACAUUAAAGGGUUUUAACUUAUUGAAAAUGACAUCAUAUAUGCUUUGGUAAAGAAUCCAGAAAAAGUAGAUGAAACCGGUUUUCAUUUAUUUGACCUAAAGUUAAUAUUAGAAUAAAAGCAAGCUUAAAGCUUCUUCUUAGAUAAAUCUUUAGUUGGGGUUAAUAAUAUCUUAGAUUUCAGCCAUGAUAAUUAAAGAUUUUCUUACAUGGAACACUUUGAUUUAAUUACAAUCAUACCUACUCUACAUAGUAACAUUAUUAAUUAUAUGGGCAUGCUUAAAAGGGAUAAAUAUUUAGCGGCAAAGAAAAUAAACGAUAGAUUCAUAGCAUUAGAUAUCAGAAACAGAUUAACAACUUGGGAUGCUGUAACAGGAAAACUGAUAAAUGUUCAUCAACGAGAGGAAGAUUUUACAGACUUUGAAAUAUUCAAAUCUACUAUUAAUGAUACUACUUUCAAAAUGGGUCAUCAAUACUCAUAAGUUUUACUAAUAUCGAAAAAUUCCUUGGAAAAUAUUAGAGAUGAAGAUUAUUAUGAAGAUUAUCAGAUUAAUUCAAAAUUAGAAAAUUGUACCACAUUAUUUAAAAGAAUGAGCAAAACUUAUAGGGAAUUCAAGCUAAUCGAGAUAAUAAGUCCUGAGGAAGUAAAGGUACACUUUACCUAUAUCCAUCCAUACUAUGGAAUUAAUGUCUACUAUAGAAUAUGCUUCAGUGAAGACUUAAAUUUUAUGUUCAUUAGAUUAAUCAACCAAAAGAAUUUUAUCUACCAAAGAGAAUCUAAAGUGUAAAGUGAUUAUAUUACCUGGAAAUUGUAUAGUCGAAUUUAUUAGUUUGAUUUUUAAAUUUCAGACCUAGUCUUCACCAAUUAUAUCACCUCACCAGACUUAAAAUACUUUCUUGACUAUGAUAAUAUCAACAAAAAAUAUCUAAUAAGAGAUACCAAAUCUUCAACUAAGAUUUAUGAAAUUCCAAAAACUUUGAUAAAUGUCAAUGAGAAAAAUUAUAAAAGCUUAGUAAAAGGGUUCAAAUGGAUAGAUAGUGAAACAAUAAGGUUUAUUGACUAGGAGGGAAUUGAGGCAAUAAUUGAACUAAAUAACAACUUUAAAAUAAGAAGUAGUUGCAAGCUUCCUCUUAAUUAACUAAUAGAUUAGACGCAGCAUUUUUAUAUUAGUAAGACUUAAAACAUCUAAAAAGGAGAAACUCUCAAAAGAUUGCAAAUCAAUUACUAAACUUUUUUCUAGCUAUAUAAUCAUGAUAAAGUUAGAGAUGAUAUAGAGUUUUAUAAUUGCUUGAUAAAAACAGAAUAUUCUUUGAACUUAUGCUCUGACCCCUACGUUAUAGAUUUGAGUUUCACUUAUAUGCAUCUGAAAAUGGCUGAGCAAAUCAAAAAUACAAAAGAAACAAUAAUGGACAAUAUAUUCUACUUAACUCAAAUGCCAAGCCUAUGCUAUAAUAUCUUUCCAAGAGGGAAUACUCUUCUGCAUUACGCUGUUGGUAAAUUGGAUAUAAUCGAAAAAAUAUACUAAAUCUCUGAAAGGGAGAAAGAUCCAUUUGAAAUACCUUUUAUCAGAAAUUUUGAAAAACAGACUCCUCUUCAUUUGAGUAUUUAAAGUGGGUAAAGUCAAGAAUCAGACUAUUAUCUCAUGAAAUUGUCAUAAGCUUCAAUCGGUCAUAGUUCUAGAGCAAUUGUCAAUAUAUUACCUCUAGCAAUAGAAAGUGAUCUUUAAAACGUAAAUCUUUAUUUCAAUGCAAGAUUUAUGACUACUUAAAGACUAGAUUAAGUAAAAAGAGGAAGCCUAAUGCUAGAUGAUGAAGUAGAAUUUGUAAAAUGCUAGCAACCUAUAUUCUCCUAGGAAGACGAUAUAAAGAGAAAAAUAUUAAAUAGGGGGAAAAAUUAAGUUGAUAUUUAACUGCAGCUCUAUGACAUUCCUAAAUUGCAUUGCUACGACAAUAAAAACUCUGAGGAUUUCUUUGAAGCACUUUCAAGCUCUAAGAUAGAGCUAUUUGCAAACAAGGGUAUUUAAUUAAUUAUUGAUUUCAAAUGGCCUUUGAUACAGAAGUUUACAAUUUAAUUCCUAUUCUUGCCUUAUAUCCUCUAUCUUGGCUUGUAUUUUGGCUACUCUAACUUUAUUUUUGUUGAUAGAUUUCAUGAUUAGGAAACAGAAAAAGAGAAUUGGUACAUCAGUGACAAAGCAUUCUUUGCUAUAGGCCCUCUUCUCAUUUUGUUUUCCCUUUACUUUUUGAUUCAUGAAAUUUACUAACUUUAAAGAACAGGUAAAAGGUAUCUUACCUCUAUUUGGAAUUAUAAUGACUUGAUCCCAACAAUUUUAAUUCCACUAUUGGUAUUGCAGGACUUCUUCCAUGUCAAGUAUAACUUUGUGCACACUUUCCAUGCUUUCACAUCUCUCUUUAUGUGGUUCAAACUACUAUACUUCCUGAGAAUGUUUAAAGCAACUGGCUAUCUUGUCAGAAUGCUAAUAGAGGUUAUCUAUGAUAUGAAAAUAUUCUUCUUAGUACUUCUCAUUGUUUUCUUUGCAUUAACAGACUCUUUUUUAAGUUUAUCAAAUGGUCAAGAAGAUCUCGAGUUAAGAUACGCUGGAGAUAAUUUUUUCUAUGCAUUUGUUUAUGCUUUUAGAACUGGACUUGGAGAUUUCAGUGUAGAUAAUUAUAAUGCCUCUAUUUAAUUUAUGACUUCUUGGAUAAUAUUUUUUCUAUGUGUUAUCCUCAUUCUUAUUGUGAUGCUAAACUUGCUUAUAUCAAUUAUUUCCUAAUCAUUUGACAGAAUUAAUUCUUCUGCUGUUGAAGCUAGCUAUCAAGAAAGAGCUAGGAUUAUUUCAGAAAAUCUAUAUUUAAUCCCAAAAUCUGUAUAAAUAAAAUAUGCUCAUAAGAGGCAAUAUAUUGUAAUUGCAAAGGAAGUUUAGAAUGAAGAAAUAAAAAUGUUAGAUGAGGGAUUAAAACCAUUUAUGGAAAUGUUUAAACUUAUUAAAUUGGCUAUUGAGGAAAGCAAGAAAAAAUGA